AUGUCUCACGUCGAGCUCGACAAGUUUAGGCGGCUAGAUGUUGUCUACAAGACAUUGGACGGCGUCCCAUUUGAAGCGGUAGUCAUUGCACCGAAGUCGGUUCUCGCCUCACAGACCGCCCGACCCUUGCUGGCGCACUUUCACGGCGGUGGACUUAUCACGGGAACUGCCCUUGACCGCCAGAUGAUUCCUCUAUGGCUUCUUCAGUUUGCCGAAUCUCGGGGGGUUAUCGUGGCGUCGCCAUGCUUUCGCCUACUUCCUGAGGCAUUGGGGUCCGAGAUCCUCGACGACAUCAAGGACUUCUGGGGCUUUGUAUUCACGACUCUGAACUCCAUAGUGGCCCAGACAUAUGGCAUCUCGGUCGAUCUAGGACGCGUUGCUGCCGGAGGGGAGAGUGCGGGGGGGAUGCUGGCUCUGCAGUCGGCAUUUCUAUGGCCCCAUACACGGAUCAAACUGGUGAUGGCUCAGCACUGCGCCUUUGACCUGGACAGUUUCGCCUUCAACCCGAAGCCGCUCCAUGUCCCCGAGGCAGCGAGCGCGUGGAUCAGCGAAUACCUCAGCAACAUCAAGCCGGGAACCUUUCGGGUGUCAUCCCCGUUCCCGGAGUAUAGAGGGCUCUUCCAAGCGGCAUUUAACACUGGACGGUACCGCGACCUGCUUCGAGGCGACAGGUACAUGCGCAUAAGGGAGGCCUUGCACGAGGCCAAGGAUGUCCCGCCAAUUUGGAUCGCCCAGGGCGUCAACGACCGCAUUACAUCGCAAGAGGCCGCCAGUGAGCUGGUCCAGGAAAUACGGGCAGCGCACCCGAAUACCCCUUUCCUAUAUAGCCUCCAGCCUGGCGGUCACGGUUUUGACAUAAGUCACGGCAUGACGGAGGCGUGGGUCCAGGAAGGGUUGCGAUUUGCUGAACAGCACUGGUGA